AUGACCGACACCGCGAACCUAAGUACCGCGCCCGACGAAGCGGAGCAGGUCUCAGGCGGCUUGGAACCCCAAACAGGGGUGCAUAAUUGCUCCUGCAUCAAGAAGCCGGUAAAUGAGAUGGCGUCUUCGGCUAUUCAUUCUUCGAAACAUGGUGACAAUGAUACUUCCCAAACCGUAACGGACGAAAUAGAGCAUACCUUCCAUGACCCUGAGCCGCAGACGGAAGUGCGGAAUCGCUCCCACCUGACAAAACCGGUAAGCGGUGUGGAAUUUUUUAAAUGUCAGUCCUCCGACUCUACUAACAUUGGAAAAGAUACGGCCACACAGGACGAAAUAACUAAUGUUUCUGGUGAACCAGACUUGCAGACGAGCCUACACAAUUGUUCUCACCAUACUGAGCUGAUAAAUGAGGUGGAUACCUCAGAUAGCCCUAAUGAAAGCGAGGUGGGACGAAAGACUUCCAUGCUUGCCCUGGAGCUGUACAAUCAGCUACGCACGGAACUUACACAAGAUUUCAGCUACCAGCUCCAGAGAGUUCUUGAGAAUGCUGUGGACCGUAUUCUGAAGCACUCCGAAGCGGAGAAUUUGGUGGGGAAUUCCAACCGGCUGAAAUCCAACAUGUCAGAUAAACUGAGGGUUACAUCGGGAUCGGAUAAAUGGCUUCCAGAGAAGAACUUCUGCCACCGAAAUUCGGUUCUGACGGACCUUUUUAAAAUCUCCCACAUCGAAACUGUCUACCACAUCUUCAUCGCAGUUCUGCUCAUCUUUGCGCUGAACACUGUUCUGUCGGAUGUUGUGGAGAAGGGCGGUGUGGUGCAUGUCUACCACUUUGAACUCCUUGUGUGGACUUUUAAGGGCUUCUUCAACGUAUUCCACUGCUGGAUCACAAUGUUUCUUUCAACAAGCCUUUUCGUCUACCUCGCCUUCAUAAUGUGGGCGUCGAAAAGGAAACCUGUCCACAAGUUCACUAACUUCGACUUUGCCUUCGUCAUUCUUUACGUUAUCUAUCAAGUGGCCUUUGCAAUACUGCCGGUGGUCUUCAUAUUUAAAUACGAUAUUGCCCCUUCUUCUACGGCAAUAGUGUGCCUCGAGCAGAUUCGGCUAAUGAUGAAGUCUCACGCUUUUGUUCGUGCCAACAUUGGGAGCGCAAUGCUCUCGGGCGAGGAAUGCGAGCACGAAAAGGCUCGUCGUCGUCGCCGGCGACCGUUAACCGAGGACGAGCGAUUCCCGGUCAGCGCGUGUGGUGACAGUGUGACGGAGGAAGUGGAGAUCACGAUGUCAAACGGAAUACCUAUCCCUCCCUUCUCCCAGUACCUCUACUUUCUUUUCGCUCCCACCCUUGUCUACCGCAGUGCCUAUCCCCGCACUCCCUACAUUCGUUGGCACUUCGUUACAAUAAACCUUCUUCAAAUGGGCCUCUGCAUAGUCUACACUUACUUCAUCUUUGCACGCUUCUGCUUCGCUUACUUCGCCAACUUUGGACGUUCGGAGCAAUUCAACUUCUCUCUACGCCAGCUGAUCACAUCAUCUUUCGGUUGCAUGCUUCCCGGUGCACUUCUCCUACUCAUCAAUUUUUACGCCUUUUUGCAUUGUUGGCUGAAUGCAUUUGCAGAGCUCUUGCGCUUUGGUGAUCGACUCUUCUACAAGGACUGGUGGAACAGCAUUACAUUCAGUGCCUACUAUCGCACCUGGAAUGUCGUGGUGCACGACUGGCUCUAUACUUACGUUUAUCGUGAUGUCUAUGCGAUAAGUGGGCGAAACAGACGCAUGUUGGCGCAAACGGCCGUAUUUAUGCUUUCCGCCAUUGUGCACGAAUAUGUUCUCACUGUGGUCUUUAGGUUCUUUUACCCCGUCCUCUUUAUUAUAUUCGGUGGAGUUGGUUUUGCCAUCGCCAACUUACGGGGACGCUCGAGGCUUUGGAAUGUUGGACUUUGGGCCGGUUUGUUCAUGGGCAUGGGCAUUUUGAUGUGUCUCUACUCCAUGGAGUGGUACGCCAGGAAGAACUGCCCUCCUGCUCAGGGAUUGAUUGACCUCUUCAUUCCCAGAAGCUGGUUCUGCGGAAAUUAA